UUUCAAUCGAUGCUCAAGUUCAGGGUAGACUCACACCGUCUGCAGCAGAGACACAGCCAGCACCCUCUCCCCACCCCGCCCUCCACCCCCUGUGUUUUGGGCAAUCUCCGCCACUCUGCUUUAUGGCUAACGAAGGGCUGGACAAGAGCGAGGAGACGGAGCACAUGAUCGAGAAAGAUGCGGGCAAAGAGAGGGGCAGCGGGCUGGGAGACACCAAAGAGAUCCGAGCCGUCAUCCUGGCCGGCUUCGGGGGGCUGAACAAGCUCAGGGUGAACAGGAAAGCGAUGCCCGAACCCCAGGAGGGGGAGGUGAAGAUCCGAGUGAAGGCCUGUGGCUUGAACUUCAUUGACUUGAUGGUUCGCCAAGGCAAUAUAGACAAUCCACCAAAGACUCCUCUGGUUCCUGGCUUCGAAUGCUCGGGCAUUGUGGAGGGGCUGGGAGAUGGUGCUAAAGGUUUUGAGAUCGGAGACAGGGUCAUGGCCUUUGUCAACUACGGUGCCUGGGGAGAGGUGGUCUGCACUCCGAUGGAGUUUGUCUACAAGAUCCCGGAUGACAUGGGGUUUGCCGAGGCAGCAGCCUUCCCCAUGAACUUUGUGACUGCCUACAUGAUGUUGUUUGAGGUGGCGAACCUUCGACAAGGAAUGUCGGUUCUGGUGCACUCAGCUGGUGGAGGAGUGGGUCAAGCUGUGGCUCAGCUCUGCUCCACCAUUCCAGAUGUGACAGUGUUUGGAACUGCCUCCUCGUUCAAGCACGAAGCCAUCAAGGACACCAUAACUCAUUUCAUCGACAGGAACGCUGAUUAUGUGCAGGAUGUAAAAAGGAUCUCUCCAGAUGGAGUGGAUAUUGUCCUGGACUGCUUAUGUGGUGAAAAUACCGGUAAGGGACUUGGCCUCUUGAAACCCCUCGGCACUUACAUCUUGUACGGCUCAUCAAAUAUGGUUACCGGGGAGACUAAAAGCUUCUUCAGCUUUGCAAAAUCAUGGUGGCAGGUUGAGAAGGUGAACCCCAUAAAGCUUUACGAAGAGAACAAAGUCAUUGCCGGGUUUUCUUUGCUUAACCUUCUCUUCAAGCAAAACCGAGGGGCCAAGGUGAAAGCGGUGAUGGAUAAGCUGAUAUCCCUGUACAACCAAAAGAAGAUCAGACCCUUGGUCGAUUCACUAUGGGCUCUGGAAGAGGUGAAAGAAGCUAUGCAGAGAAUCCAUGACAGAGGAAACAUAGGGAAACUUAUCCUGGAUGUCGAGAAAACACCAACACCACUGAUGGCAAGCGACAGCACGGAGACAAGUGAAGCGGGUGAGGAGGAGGAAGAUCACGAGGGAGACAAUGGCAACAAGGAGCGCAUGCCCUUCAUCCAGUAAGGAGCGGGCCGAGGUGACCGGUGCAGGGCCAAGAGAAACCCCUCCCACAACCCCCAACUCCGAAGUGGUUUAAUUUCUUUUCAGUUGGUCGCUGGAGGAAGGAAUGAUUUGGGGAGGUGUCCCUGAUGCGCCAGUGAACGAAUGCUGUCGUACUGUGCUUAUUUGUGUUCGUCUGCAAUCAUUCAAGCUACAAGCUGAAUCAUAGUGACCUGAAUUACUAAAGUGCCAUAUCCUUUCCACUGCAGUAUUAACGACCAACAUUCUGUGUUAAGAUCCUCCGAACAAGAAAUUCAUAGUGUUAUGUUUCUACUUAUUUUAAAGCGGGAAUUGUCCUUUCUUUGUGAAUUUAUUCCAGUCUUUAUUGUGUCCCCAUUAUUACACUCAAGUACCUUUUUUUCUUUUCUCUUUCUUAGUUUCUUGUGCAUGAUUCUGUUAACCUAUUGGUGCCUGUAUUUAUUCCUAUAUACACUGACCAGCAACUGUUCAGUAAGUCAGCACUAAAUAUUUCCGGACAUGCAACUUUUACCAGUACACGUGACAGGAAUUCGCUUCUCAACUUGCUUUACCGAGGAAGAGAAAACAGUGCAGGCCUAUAUGUCAGCUCCAGAGCCUAAAUAACGUGAAUGGAGGUCUAAAUUUGUUCAUUUGUUGUAUUUGUCGCAUUAGUGCUUUUGUUAUAUUGUGCCUAUCAAACAUUGUUUACAUAAAAUGACAAAAAAAUAAAAAAUAAUAAUUAGCAAUUGAA